AUAAAACAAAAUAUAUACGAUAAUUUUCACAAUAAAUUGAAUUAAAAACGCAAAUAUCUAUUUUUGUACUAAUUUGCAAUUUUACCACCUUCGAGUUAAGUGUAAUCUUCUAGCAAUGGCGGAAGCCAACAAAGAAAAUGCAGAAAACCCGCUAGACAUAGAUGGUAGUAAUUUUAAUUCUGAAAUGUAUUUAGAAUGUUUAAUGAAACUUGCUACAUUAAAGCAAGUUAUGGAUAAAGAAGCCGAGGUCGUCAAGCAGAGUCAAUUUCUACAAUCAGAAAUGCAAACUUUGGUGUAUGAAAAUUAUAACAAAUUCAUUUCUGCUACAGAGACCGUACGUAAAAUGCGUACAGACUUUCAAAUUAUGCAAGAAGAAAUGAACAAACUUAGUAACAAUAUUAACAAAAUAACAACAUUUAGUUCUCAAAUAUCGGAAUCUCUAAAGGAGAGUGGAACAAAUGUAAAUCGUUUGUGCUCAACAAGGCAGUUACUUGAUAAACUACAGUUUCUAUUUUUGUUACCUUCACAGCUUAAUAAAGCUAUAAUAGAAAACAGGUAUGCUGAUGCAGUACAUGAUUAUGCACAUGCACAAAGGGUAUUACAAAAAUAUGGUAACCAGCCAUCGUUCCAGAGUAUCCAAUCAGAGUGUUCUGAAAUAAUUUAUGGUUUAAAAAAGACGCUUAGAGAUAGACUCCUUAAUUCAGAUACAUCAGCAUCUGAACUUGCAGAGAGUGUUGGAUUAUUAAGACAGUUACAGGAAACAGAUUCUUCUUUAAAAGACAUCUUCCUUAGUUGUGCUGAGAGUAGACUUGACCAACAUUUAAAAAAUUUAAAUGCUAUGGUAGAGCACACUGAUAUACUGGAAUGGGUUGAAAAAUGCAAUAAUAGCUUAUUAGCUGAUUUAGGUAUAGUAAUAUCAUGUUAUCAUGAAAUGUUCCAAGAUCAAGAAGCAAAUAAUCUGCCUGAAUUUGCUGAAAAAGUUAUGUCUCAAGUGUUUCAUCUAUUUGAGGAAGUUGUGAAAAGACCAGAAAAUGUUGGAACAGAAAUAUUAAUAAGAGGCUUAGAUAAAUUCUUCAGGAAACUGCAAGCGAUGUCUGAAAUCAUUUCCAGUGAUGUGGUAUCACAAAAAGCAUUAGAUGUAGUCAUACAAUGUAUAAAUCAUAAAGCUACAAUGCAGUACCAAUUGAUUCAAAGUCAAUUCAAAGAUAGUCUGAUGAGAGUGAGACAGACAUUAGCAAGUAAAGGUACAGAAACUGCAGACUUAAAAGAUAUUUUGAAUUCACUGCAAGUAUAUUUGAUGCAAAAAAUCCAAGCAUCACUGUUAGAUUUAAUGGCAUUUUUACAAAAUAAUCUAUCAUUUGGCCUAAAGCCCUGGUGUGCUAAAGCUGUGGCCAACAGUUGCUGGACGGUGAUUUCAGAAACUCUAAUCAAUCUUUCCGAUAUGGUAAAGAAGAUGGCUUGCUUGAAGACAUCCAACAACAUACCCUUUGAGCUACUUCUUAUUCUUGCUAAAUUAUGUCUAGAAUUACAAGAAAAUGGAGUUAGUACUCUACAUAAUCAUCUAUUGAAACUUCUAGAAGAAGCUGCACCAGGGCUGACUAUAGAUAACAAGGAUACAAACAGUGUUAUGGUGAAUUUAUCAACAGCAGCUCAAUCGGCUUUGGAUUCAGAAGUUGUUUUUAUUGGACAAACAGCAGCGCAAAUGUUACGAGUUUCUGUUCUUGCUAGGGAUUGGUUAAGGGCGCCAGAGCCUAGAGGACCGAGAGCAGUUUGCCGGAGGGUAGUGGAAACGCUGGCGAGUGCGGAUUCCGCAGCUUCUCAACUCUUUCCUACUAGUCUGAAGCCAUCUAGUGACUCCAGUCGGCGUACUAUUUGGUCACGCGCACCGUCAUCUUUUUCACCUAUUAAUCGAAUAUUCUCUGAGCGUAUUGAAGUGUUCAGUCCUGCGGGAGCCGAUCGUGGUGCGUUGUCUAACGGGGCGUUGAAAGUAGCACUUAAAGCUUUGGUUGAGUGCGUAAGGUUGCGAACAUUCAGUAGACAUGGUUUGCAGCAGUUGCAAGUAGACGUGCAUUUUUUACAGCAGAGACUGUCGUGUAUGGGGAACGAUGAAAGACUAUUGAAUGCUCUACUGGAAGACGCGUUGGCCUCCGCGCAGCUGAGAUGUGUCGACCCGCAACUCAUGGAGCCCAGUAUUGUAGACAUUAUUUGUGAACGAGGAUAAGUUUAACCUUAAAUUUUAGAUAUUAAUAUCGAUUACUCUGUAUUUACAUAUUUAUUACUAAAAAAAUAAACUUAAUAUUAUCGAAA